GGGCUCCUUCUCAGUCCUGAAGCAAAGUGUAGAUUAUACAAUAUAGUAGUUUGUCUAGGUUUCAGUUCUAGUUAGCUUUUGUAUCUUCUGUUGCACGCAGGGAUUCCAGUACUGAACUAAAUAUACAGUUUCUGCUUUCUCUAAUGCCAUUUUAAACGGAUAAUUUUCAAAGGUCCUGGAUGUGAAUUAUAUCUUUUAGGGGGAAGGGAGACGUAAGAGGGUUUUGUAGUCUCAGUAAUGCAGUGCAGCAUCUGCAAAAAAAAAAUGCUAAAAAGCAAGGAAGAUUCAAAUUCCAUUUUUGUCUCUUAUCUAAAAAUCUAUGACAUGAGAGCAACAAGCGGGGUUAGCAGAGAAAUGGUGCUGCGUGAAACAAACCUCCCUGCCCUUUAGUCCUUGAGCAGAUGAUAGAGAGGGGCAGAAAGGAACCCCUCACGCCCCUGGCUCAGCGUGCUCAGAGCUGUGCUGAGCGCUGCACACCACUGCAGCCUGGAAGCCUGAGCUGCCUUUUUUUUUUUUUUUUUUUUAUUAUUCCCUCUAAAAAGUUUUCAGGAAGUCUGGGGGAGGGGCAAUGCCGUUUCUUUUUUGUUAUAAUGGGCCCCUUUGUGGAGAUGGAAGAGAUCUGUGUGCCUGUGGUGCGCACGCUUCCCAGUGAUUCCCAGAGUAACUUCCCAGGGCUCCUAAAAAGCGCAGGGCCCCUGCGGUGCGGGGAGAAGGGGAGGGGGCUGCUCCAGGAUGGAGCUGAUGGUACUGCUCAAUGCUCUGGUUACUCGCUUGCUCUUUAUGUUACACUCUGUCAUCGGGGUCUGGAGAGUGACUGCAGUGAAGAAAGAACCCAAGUACUGGCUGCUGGCACUGCUCAAUCUUCUUCUGUGCCUGGAGACAGGGCUUACCCUCAAGUUUAAGCAAGGCAGAGGCUACAAAUGGUUUUCACCAGCAAUAUUUUUAUACCUGAUUUGCACAGUACCAUCACUGUGGCUACUAGAAAUUCAUCAUGGGACUCAGUACUGUGGUAAUGAGCCUGGAGCAGUUCAGGUGAAUAUCAGCAACCAAGACUUCAAUCAAUCCAGAGACAGCAGUCACGGAAGUGAGGGAACAGAUCACCACAUCAUUCAAACGGCUAAAGUCUUUGUGAAUCAGCUCUCCACAAUCUGUGAGACUGUAUGGACACUGGCCCUACACCAGACUUUUCUACUGCUGCUAGUAGUUGGGAGAUGGCUUCUCCCUAUUGGAGUUGAAAUCACCCGGGAUCAAUUGUCUCAGCUGCUUCUCAUGUUUGUGGGAACAGCAGCAGAUAUACUUGAAUUUGCUAGUGAAACUUUGGACAUCGAAGACGUUCGGAAGAAUUAUGCUCUCAUAAAUGCAAUUCUUGCUGUAUGGACGUGGAGUAUGUUACAGUUUCCACUUGAUCUUGCAGUACAGCAUAUCGGCUGCAAACCAACUACAUCUACUAGGCGGAUCCCCAGCCUGCUGCUGUGCAGGUACAGUGCAGAACUGUGGAACAUUGGGGUCAGCCUUUUCAUACAGGAUGGUCCCUUCUUCAUUGUACGUUCAAUCCUGAUGGGCCACUUCAGAAUAUUCAAUCAGAUGCUGGUGUUUUUUACAGCUAAGAAUAUCUUAGUUGUGACUCUACAAUUGUAUCGUUUGGCAGUGAUAACAUUAGACUUCCGCGCUACCAUUCUGCAGAAGAGCAGAAAAGGAGAAGUCAGCUGUUGCCCAUGCGAGCCUUAUAAAACUAGUACUCAUGCUACCACUGACCAAGAUACUGAAAUGAAAGAGUUUGUUGCUGUUCCUCCAAAAGAGGAAACCCAAGCUCCAUCAGAAGAUAAGUAGCACAGUUAUUGACUUGAAAGAGGUUGCAUUUCCCACAGCUUCUUCAGAAGGGCUUAGCCUAUUUCUGUGAACAAAUACGCCUUCAGUGCAUAAGUAAUCUCUUCCACUAAGAGAUUAAUAAUUUCUUCUAAAUUGUAGGGGAAAAUUCUGAAGCAAACUCAUAGAAAUGGGCCUCUUUUUUUCCCCUUUUUUUUAAAAUCCAUUUGCAUGGUGAGUUUUGACUAGUUCCCUAUUAUAUUAUCCAGAGGUAUUUUGUAGCCAUAGUUUGUAGUAGCAAGAAAGGUCUGGCACACUAACAAAAUCUGUUAUUUUUGGUGGCACUGUGCUAACAUAUGUACUUGCAUGUAUUUGUAUAGAGGGACAAGUCUAUCCAUUAUGGGAAGCACAGAAUCACUUAGCUCUGCUUGAAUGGUCUGGCUAUAACUAGAGUGUGAUGAACAAUAUGUUCACCGUGUAUGGGAGCAACUUCAGCAGCGACAACUGUGCAGACAUGCAAGUGAAGGGAGAUAACAGAUUUUUACUGUUACUGUGACAUCUAAACAUUGCUCAUUCAAGAAAUUUAAGCAAAUCUUCAUCAAAUGUUACCUCAUCCUUGGCUGGAUUCAAUUAAGAUCAAUGCAGCACCAUUACAGUGCAUACACAGGACUCUUAGGACCUACAUGGACUGAGUAACCCAAAACUUACAACUACAGAACACAAAAAAAAGCAAACCUACAGAUCAUUAGAAGACUACAGCAUUUGUCUCAGGCAUUUUCUAAAGAGGUACUUGCUUUCUGUUCCCAACAGUUAGAACACCCCCCCCCC